AUGGUGGCAGCAAAGAAGGAGCGCCGUCGACAGCAGGUGCGCUACGCCUCACGUCGUCGUCGUAAGAAACAGAAGGACGAGGAGAGUUUCCUGCGCGACCGCAUCGCGGAGUUGAAGGAGCAGAUCCGCAUCAUUGGCGGUGACCUGACAGAGCAAUGCUCUCAGAUGGCAGGAAUGAGUGAGCAAGCUCUGACGGAGGCGUACGAGAAGCAGAUGGUGACGGUGCAGACGCUACGCAAGGACAACAACAAGCUGAAGGAGCAGUUGUUGCAGCACGAGAACUUCGCUCGCAUGAUCCAGUAUGGUCUGAAUGCGUUGCCCAGCGACUGCCGUGACGUGGACCGUAAGAAGAUCGCGGGUGUCCCGAUGUGGAUCAGCGACCAGAUGAACCCUCUGAAGGGUCCGACACUGGUGGUGGAUCUGAAUAUGUGUCACGAAGCUGUGCGUCACACGUACAACGAGCUGAAGACGUUUGGACCGUCGGUGACCUCGAAGACGAACGUGUGUCAUGCGAUGGGCUGGAAGACCGAGUUGUGGGCUGCCAGCACGUGUCUGAACUUCCGAGCGGUUCGUGCGAUCAGUGAUAAGAACAUCCGCGAAGUGGCCAAUGCUUCCUGGGACAUCAUCACGUCUCCCGAGAAGUGCAAACGCAUUUAUCCGGAUGUCAAGCAGUUCCGUAUCUUGCAAAAGGUGACGGAUGAUAUCGUGGUGGUGCACCGUAUCGCGUCGGUGGCGUCAGAUCUUUCUGACCGCGAGUUUAUCUCGGUGGCAUUUCGAUUGCGUGAUGGUGACGACUACUAUAUCGGACUCAAGUCCAUCACGGUGCAGACUGAGGCUGCUGAGAACUGCAUUCGUGGUGAGGAAUGUCAAGGCUGGAUGUUCGUUGGUGGCGAGAACGAGACGUCGCAGUGGAAGGCUCACUUCUUGGGCUACUACGAUGUCAAGGGCGAGAAGGACGACAAGGUGCUGAACCAGCUUGCUAACGAGGCGAUGUUCGGUAUGCUCCGAUGGGAGAGUGAGGCCAUGCACCCGCUUAGCGUAUAGGGCAGGCAUCAGCCUGCUUUGCAAGACUCUCAUUUUUGCCCAACUUCUGACACAGCUUCACCUGCCUAACGCUGCGUCAGACGAAAUAUCUGUAUGCAUGUGCUGACCAAUACUAAAGAAUGCAGACUGGAAGCCGCUUCAGUCGAGCAGAUACAAACCCUAGUAACAGGAACCGAUUACAUUCCGGCAAACAAGUUCUUCUCUCAAUAUAAAUACGUCGA